AUGGAAGUUUGUGUUGACAGUUUUGAAUCAGCUCAAGCAGCCGUUCAAGGUGGUGCUCAACGUAUCGAACUAUGCAGUUCACUUGAUCAAGGUGGUUUAACACCAUCCAUAGGUUUAUUAAGAUUAAUUCGUCGUCGUUUACCCUUUGAAUUACAAAUAUUUGUUAUGAUUCGCUGUCGUGCAGGAGAUUUUAUCUACGACGACAAUGAAUUAAGCGUCAUGGAAGAAGAAAUUCGUUUAUUUAUUGAAUCAAAUCAACAUGUUAAUGGCUUUGUCUUAGGUACACUGAAUCCCGAUGGAACAAUCGAUAUUGAAAGUUUAAAACGCUUAGUACAACCCAUUCCAAAAGAUAUAUCAUUAACAUUUCAUCGUGCCUUUGAUUUUAUUCCGAAAUGGGAAACAGGUAUCGAUCAAUUAAUUGAACUUGGCUUUCAACGUGUUUUAACAAGUGGACAAGAAACAAAUGCUUAUUAUGGACGUAGAUGUUUACGACAAAUGAUAAGUUAUGCACAAAAUCGUAUUAUUAUAUUACCUGGCUGUGGGAUUAAUGUGGCUAAUCUUGAAUCGAUUUUACGAGAAACUGGCGCAAAAGAAUUUCAUUCAUCAGCUCGCAUACGUAAACAAUCAAAAAUGCUUUAUAAAAAUGUUCGAAAGAAGAUUUCUAUAAAUGGUCUCAAUAAUAAUCAUGGUGAUGAUGAAGAAGAUAGUGCAAUGCAAGUAACAGAUCGAGAAAAAGUUAAAUUGAUGAUGGAUAUAUAUAGGAAAGUUUUUUGCAAAUAA